GGUGCUUCCUGUCAGAGGCUCUUUCCAUUCUGCCGGAGUGGGUUUGGCUGUUUUCACUCUGCUCUGGGGGUUGGAGGAAAAAGAGUUUCUCACAGAUCCUCUGGGCCUCUGGGCAGUUUUUUUCCCCCUGUACCUUUCAUGUUUCCACCAACAGGCAGGAACCAGAGAGCCACCCCAGCCGCUUCACGUUGUGAACAUCAAUACCUGGGUGAGAGACAGCUCGCUUUCUUCAGUGGGCACUGGGGCCACCUCCAGUAAACCAGACCUGAUGCUUCUGAACCUUGUACCAACUCAGCCUGGAAUUUCAGGUGAAGGUGGUUGUAUGCAAAAUACAUACCAAUUUGACUUUUUUCCUACGAAUCAGCAUCUUAGAAAGCCAGGAAAAGGGCAGCCAUACUGGCUAGUCAAUUCUGACAGCGAGAAGCCUUAGAAGCUGAAGAGUCCCUCAGAGGUUCCAGGGAUGUAUACCACCCCAGCCUCACCAGAUGUCACAAGAAGGAAUUGGGGGACCAGCACUUUGCAGGGGACUCUGGGCAGCCUGGAAGGAGAGAAAGGCCAGAGCAGCAACAUCUUCCCUGGCUUUGUGGCACUCCUGGCCAUCUUCCUGGUCAUCAUGGCCGCCUGCAUCCUGAGGAACUGGAACAAACGGAAGAAGCGGCGAGUUCCUUACUUCCAAGUAGCUCCAUCGCUGACUCUGCCUCCACCCAGACAGCGAGCCAAAAAUAUUUAUGAUUUCUUGCCCCAGCAGCAGGUAGAUCUGGGGAGACAUCAGUCCAGUGGUUUCAGUACUGAGAGCCUCCUCUCCAGAGAUUCUGACGGUCCCGAGCAGGAGGCCUCCCAAGCAGAUGGCUCCCUUCAGAUACACAUAGCUCCCGUAAACGCUGUGGAGUACACGGUCGGCAUCUAUGACAAUGGCGCAGUGCCCCAGAUGUGUGGGCACCUGGCCCCCUCGGCACAUCCCGUCAGUGUCAGAACCUCUGGAAAUAACUCCAGCAUCUCUUCCAGGGAGUCCAACGAUUACGUCAAUAUCCACACAGCAGAAGAGGCCGGUGAGACGCGAACGUCUACCAAAAGCGCUCCUGAAAAUCACCUUGGUCUUCACGCCCAGGAGCUGGAGUUGGCUGAAGGAAGGCACGCAGGCUGUGAGGUGGCCGCCACUGCCCACACUGGUCUGUGGGCUCUGGGAAGUGAGAGCAGCGAUCUACUCAGGGACGGAGACGACUCAUCUCAGGCUUCAAAUGACUACGUGAAUAUGACAGGGUUGGAUCUUGAGGACAUCCAAGAGAAUCAGCCCGGGCUGGCUUUUCAGUGCUGCCGAGAUUAUGAAAAUGUCCCAUCAUCCGAUGCCAGUGGAAGCCAGCUGCAGACUCGGAAGAGGACAUCUUCUAACGCAGACCACGGGGAGCCUGUCUGGAGGGCCCUGUCUUCUGUGUAUUAUAUGGCAUUUCAGCCGUCUACACAGAGUGAGGACGGUGAGGUGGCACACACAGAGGACCAGUCAAGUGAAGACUCUAAUGACUAUGAGAACGUGCUACCUGCCGAGUUAGAAGGCAGGGCCUGUGAACAGGGGCCCGAUGCUUGGCAUCCUUCUGACCAGGGAACACCAAGCUACCUGGCUGAAAAGCUUUAUGAGGUGGCCUAUCCUGUGGGGUCUUUAGUCACUGAAAUCUCUAGCGAAGAUGCCUAGGUGCCCUAGCAUCCUGCUGGAUUCACUUGGUUAGGCUAAGGAGGCUGAGAGGAACAGGGCACUAGCAGGCUGCACAAAAGCAAACGUUUAGGAGGAAGCCCAGAGAAGAGUUCUCCUCAGUCAAGAUCGCUGCUAGUUCUCCGGCCAGCUGAAUCAGGUUUAGUGCCGCUGUCUUACCAGGAUGUUAGAAAAAGGGAAAGCAUACAGCACUUGGAGUGGAAACGUGACACAGUCGAGUGUGUGGAUUGUUCUGUGACUCGGGCAGGCCAAAGGGAAGAGCAAGUUGGGGUAGGGCAAGCCAUUUCCAAUCUAAGAGGAGCUGGUGAGGGUGUAGAACCACGAGAGCCCUGUUGCUGCGGGUGGGAUUGCAUGUGUCAUAUGAACUAUCCAUUUCACCCUUAGGAAUGGAAACUACUUCCCAGUGGAUCCUGGUGUUGUACAAAUAAGUUCAUUUGUUGUAGAUAAGGAGGGGCAGGUUCUCUGUAAAAUGUUUUUUAUUGUAUGGACCUGAGUUAUACAGGGCUAUCUCCCCAUGAGCAUAUAAUGUACUCAGAGAUGUCUGCCUAUCCCUCAAGACUGUACCUUUUCUCAUUCCUUCUCCUUCCCAUGAGACCACCGCAUUCCCCUGGACAAUCUCACUUCCACCUGCCUAUCGUCUGUACAUAUAUAAUAUUAUCUAUCUCUAUAAAAUCUAGGACCCACUAA